AUGCAGUCAUUCAUUACGUUCCUGUGUUUAUUUCUGGGUUCUGCAGAAGCAGCAAAAGAGGCCCGCCAUCACCGCCUUAACAGCCGCUAUGACGGAGGGGAGCACAAUUCUGUGUUACCAAAACUUUCGAUUCCUCACUCGGUUCUUGAUAGUUAUCAGUUAACAUGGCAUGAAGAAUUCAAGCACAGACCGGGUCAUUAUCUACCAUCAUCUGAGAACUGGAUUUUCGACGUCGGAACCUCCUAUCCUGGCGGUGCACCGAAUUGGGGAAAUCAUGAAGUCGAGACAUACACAACGUCGCCAGCCAAUAUCCGCGUGACUCGAGAUGAUACCCUGACCAUCACUCCACGCAUAUCAUCCAACCGUACCUGGACAUCUUCGCGCAUUGAGACCCAACGCACCGAUUUCGCUGCUACACCUGGUGGCCGACUUUACAUCGAGGGCCGUUUGAAGACCGGCUCGGCUCCUACGUACAAGCAACAGGGGAUCUGGCCUGCAUUCUGGGCACUUGGGGCUGAUUUCCGCUCCAAUCAUACCGCCUGGCCCGCCGCUUCAGGAUGGGACCUUAUGGAAGUGGUCAAUGGCUUACCAAAGGUAUACAAUGCACUUCAUUGUGGGGUUGCGCCUGGUGGGCCAUGCAAUGAAUAUACCGGACUUGGAAAUGGUGGAGUGGGAUGGACUGGUGGCCAAUGGCAUACUGUUGGAUUUGAGGUUGAUCGAAGUGCAGGAGUGUGGUAUCGGGAGCAGUUGAAGUGGUAUCUUGAUGGGCAGCAGGUUUUUCGGAUUCCAGCGGCUAGGAUAAACAGCUCGGCGACCUGGGAAAAUAUUGCACACAAAGGCCAUUUCCUACUGCUUAAUGUGGCAGUAGGUGGAGAUUGGCCAGGUCAGCCCAACGCGACCACUGUUGGUGGUGAGGGUGUACAGCUGGAGGUAGACUAUAUUCGAGUGUGGAAUUAUUAUCAGUGA